AUCCAUUACUCUCUUCAUCUACCAUCGCCGCACUUGGACGCACAUCUUCAUCUGCCAUCGCCGAUCUUCAUCUCAGACAGACUGAGAAUGGAAUCCAAAAACGAGUGGAUGGACACCAACAUCCAAUCCCCACUUGCAAAAGAUCCGGCAACACCCCCGUCCUCCCAAAAUUUGCGCCAGUGGAGACCAGCUGCACAGCGGAAUCUCAAAAACCAGUGGUUGAAAUUGGCUUCUCUAUGGAAGGACUGGCUCUCUUCUUCCCCUACUGCUCGCUCCCACGCCGCUUCUUUAGUAAACUCUUAUCUCUCGCAGAGGUACAUGGAUGGAAUGGAGUUUGGAGUUUUGAGUGAAAUGCCAGAAAUACGAAAGAAAGCAUGCCACAAGCUAUUCAAGCAGCAGGUGAUCAAUAAGGAUCAGCUACUGUCAUCCUACAAAACAUUGGUUGGGAUUGUUACUCAAAUGGUAAACACUUCAAGAUCUAUGAGGUGUUAUCGCAAAGGGAUGAGCAGCAGCCCAAUUAUACAGUUUGCUUGCAGCCCUUCUGUUGAUAAUAAUCAUCUCAAUGACACUGGCGGUGAUGGUGGUGGAGUUCCUGUGUUCACCUUUUUGCCAGUAUCUUCUUUCGAGCAAAUGGCAGAAGAGCUGGUUCGAAUGCUAGAAUCUGAAAUUAACUUAAAGCGGUUACUUGUGAUGGAAUUAUUCUCCAUUAGUGACAAAGACAACUGCAUGGAUUGGUCAGAAGAGUUGUAUCCAGGGGAGUUUGAUGAUCUCUUUAUAUGCGGUUUGUACACCAAUGAGCCAAUUUUCCCAAGUCACACAAACUGCAAAUCAAACUCACCUGCAAAUUCAUCUAGUGAUCAAGCAGAGAGGAAUGUUCUCCAGGUGUACUUAACAACAUGGCUUGCAGAAGUGAAAAUUGACAGACUCAGGAUUGAUGAAAUAUUCUCUAUAGUAGGAGAGGAAAUGCAUAUCAGUCUCACCUGAGGAGCUCGGAAUGAUUAAUUCAUUUGAGAUUGAUUGAUACACGAUAUGAAGAAGGUAGAAGACUUGUGGCCGGACAAGAAGAAAUUAAUGGUGUGUACAUUCCGCCCGCAGAUCCCUCCCCAAUGAUAAGUUGGUGUUCAACAAUGUAAAGUUACUUUGUCUCAAAACAGCAGCUAUUUCUACGACUCUGCAAAGUUUCGAUACAGUAGUUGAUUGAUUGCACUUGGGUACUUGUUGAAAGUGAUGAUUCAAAUGAAGAUGAAAAGGAGGCUAAAAAUACUGUUGAUGCUGCCGCAACUAACUAGAGUGGCAGCCCUGAUCAAAGAGACCGGCCUGGAUCUUCUCGGAGUCGGAGUCGGAGUCAGAGUACACAGCUAGCUAGCUGGUUACCUUCAAAGUAUUGUAGGAUGAGAGUAACCAGGUGAUCUCUUUGAUCAGGGCUGCCUCUCCUUUUCAUCUUCAUCUCAAUCGUCACUUUCAACACGUACCCAAGUGCAAUCAAUCAACUACCGUAUCCAAACUUCGAAGCCUGUGGCAGAGUCGUAGAAAUAGUUGCUGUUUUGAGACAAAGUAACUUUACGUUGCUGAAUACCAGCUUAUCGUUGGGGAGGGAAUACGAAACACCCUGCGGGUGGAAUGUACACACCGUUUAUUUCUUCUUGGCCAGCCGCAAGUCUUCUACCUUCUUCAUAUCGUGUAUCAAUCAAUCUCAAAUGAAUUAAUCAUUCCAAGCUCCUCAACUUCAAUAUUGUUCAUCCUUCGGGCAACUAGACAUGUUUUUGCAGCUCCUUCCAAAUUGGGUACCAAGAGUUGUUGAUUUGAACACAAGAAUGUGACAAUAUAUUCUCCAUUCUUUUCAGCAUCACAUUGCUUUGUUCAGUCUUGAUGUUCUUCACGGCCGGCAUUUGAUUUGCAGGAAGGAAUAGUUCUGAGCAGGUAGGAACAGUGUUGGAACAAUAAUCUUAGGUUAUGUUUGGUAUGACUGAAUUAAACGUGUCAUCUAAUGAUUAUCACACACAUAUGUUGUAUUGAGUUAGUAGCGAAAUCACAAAAACAAAUGUAUAACCUUUUG